AUGGUAAAUCAAACAAGGAUAACUAAAUUUAUUCUUCUGGGGUUUUCUGAUAUUCGAGAACUACAGUAUUUAUACUUUGCAGUUUUAUUCCCCAUUUACGUAAUAGCUCUAACUGGAAAUCUUCUUGUAAUCACAGCUGUUGUUCAGAAUCCAAAGCUUCACAACCCCAUGUAUUUCUUCCUAGUGAACUUAUCUUUAGUAGAUGCUUGCUACAUUUCAACCACUGUGCCCAAAUCCCUGGACCAUUCCUUGAGAAAUUAUAAAGAGAUUUCAUUCUGGGGGUGCGUUACCCAAGUUGCUUUGGUGGUGACCCUUGUAACUGCUGAGGUGAUUUUUCUCACUGCUAUGGCUUAUGACCGCUAUGUAGCCAUAUGCUAUCCUCUUCAGUAUCAGCUGAUCAUGAACUGGAAUACCUGCUUUCAAAUGGCAGCAGCGGUUUGGAUCGCCAGCAUAAUCUGUGCACUGAUACAAACUACACAGACCUUUAAAUUAGACUUCUGCCAAUCCAAUAUUAUAAAACAAUAUUUCUGUGAUAUCCCUCAGCUACUGAGCAUCUCUUGUACUAACACAAUAAUGAAUAAGAAGCUGUUGUGUGGUUUAACAGUUAUUAUAGGUUCCUUUUGCAUUUUAUCUGUCUUCAUCCCUUAUGGGUUAAUCCUCUCUGCUGUGUUCAAAAUGCAGUCGAUCAGAAGUCGGCAAAAAGCCAUUUCCACCUGCAUUCCACACUUGACAGUCUUUUCCUUGUUUGCUCUUACUGCUCUGUUCUCUUACUUCAGACCAAGAGCCUUGUCCUCUCCUUUAACAGAUUUAUUGACAGGCCUUUUAUAUACGGUUCUCCCACCAUUAAUGAAUCCCAUUAUCUAUACCCUGAGAAACAAGGAUAUCCAACUUACUUUGUCGAAACUGUCCAAG